AUGUCUAGAAUCAAGGGCUUGUCCAAAUCAAACAUAGACAUAGUGGCGUUUGCACCCUCUGAGCAAUUGCUCGCUACGGCAAACAGCACGGGAGCCGUGGUGGUGUACUCAUCAGUGGCCACAGAACAAUCCCCCGUGUACAAAUUCCAAAAUCCGGGGGACGCUGGUAUUACUGGGCUUGCUUGGCAUCCAUCUGGUACUGGGCUGUUGUGG